GCGCACUGUAAAGUACGGCUUUGUCUGUCAGUCAGAGGUUGAGAAAGAGAGUCAUAAAAGCGAAUGUCUAGAAUAUUUUAUCUCCAUCUUUUUCAUUCAUGCAUCUACAUCUCAAUUGUGAUGUGUGGAGAUGGAGGGAUCAUGACCUACGCAUCAUUCGAGGGAGGGAGCGUAAACAUCGGAUGCCCGCAUGAUGCUCAAUUCAUAAACAACACAAAGUACCUCUGCAGAGGAAAAUGUUCAACAAUAAAUGUGUUGGCAGAUAAAGAUAUACCAAUUGAGACCGGAAAAACACCAAAUGAUACGAGAUUCUCUUUAAAUGAUAACAAAACAGCUACAACGUUCACUAUAACGGAUCUGAAAGUGAAGGAUGGGGGACAAUACUGGUGUGCGGUGAGGACACCUCUGUAUCAACUGGAUGUCUACAGAGAGGUCUUCUUGUCCAUCAAAAAUGUGUCUCACAUGUUUGGUGUAAAAGGAGAUGAGCUGUCCGUCCAAUGCCAUUACGAUCACGAUGUCAUCAAUGACAAUAAAUUCUUAUGCAAGGGAGAGGAUUUGUCGUUGUGUGAGACAUCUGGUGUCAAAGUUUCUAAAGGGAAAAUCACAAAUGGGAGAUUCUCUCUGUCUGACGAUACGUCUGCAAGAGGGUUUACUGUGACCAUCACAAAUCUGACAGAAGAGGAUUCUGGGAUAUACUGGUGUGGAAACGUAGCACUGAGAGGAUCUCAACAAGCACAUGAUAAGUGGAUUUCGGCAGUCAUUCUCAAGGUUUCUGGAGAGAGCACGUCACAUAAACCAACCACGUUUUCAUUUUACAUCACCCAUCCAGCAUCUCCUGAUUCAUCAUCCAGAUCCGCCACAUCAUCACCUUCAUCUUUACUGACCUCCUCCUCAUCAUCUGCUCAUUCAUUGUCACCAAACACAGAUACAAGUUUAUUUGUGUUCAUCACGGCGUCAGUUGCGUUGAUGCUGAUCUUGUUUGGAUUCUUGUUGUUCAUUUACUUCAGACGGAGAAAAAAGAAUGAACAACUACAGCUCAAUGGUGUCGCUCAUGGCUCAGCUGGGAAUCUGAAAAAUGGGGAAAUAGUACAAAAUAGGGUCUCUAUCUGUUAUUAUGAAGAGAUUCCCCUCACAAAUGUUCAUCCUGGAUACAGUCUUCCUGCAUCCGGUGAACAUGAUGCUUCUGUUUAUGCUUUAGCACAGGACGUCCCCUCCAAUGAUCUCCAUUAUUCCACCAUCAAAUUUACAGACCAUCCAGACAGAACUUCUGAUGGACAGACAUCGUAUGAUUAUGCAACUGUUGUUCUGUGAAGGAAGCAGUCAACUCUACAGAGCAAACAUCAAGUAUUUUGAAUCAUUGAUAUUUUGAACAUUUCUAGUUACCAUAGAUCUACCAUCUUCCAUGUUGUCACGUAACUGAAUGUACAAAGAAAUGACGUUGGGAGAAAGAAGAACUGCGUGUACGCAGAAACGACAAGAAGCUGUUGAUUCUCAUAGAUGCUUCGAAUUCUUUUCCCCUCUCGCACACCAUUACAAGCUAUAGGUCCAGUUUAUACCAGAGGGAGGUUUUAUAGCCAUUUCUUCUGUUGCCACAAUUAACCUUUAAAACGUUCCUCCACAAACUCCUGCUUUGUUUGUUAAAUAAAAGAAUAAAGAACGAA